AUGUUUCAGGAGUCAGUGACAUUCAAGGAUGUGGCCGUGGACUUCACCCAGGAGGAGUGGAGAAGGCUGGACCCUGCUCAGAGGGCUCUGUACAGGGAUGUGAUGCUGGAGAACUAUGAGAACCUGGUCUCUCUGGGGCUUCCAGUUUCCAAACCAGAUGUCAUCUCCCAGUUGGAGAGAGGUCGAGUGCCCUGGAUGCCAGAGGGCGAAGUCUCAAGAGGCGUUUGUCCAAAUUCCCUUAGUCAUCAUGCUAAGUGUGAAAUCCAGGGCUCACCUCCAACACAUGGCCUUCCCAUGGGAGCUCCAUUACAGCAAAGCCAGCCAAAGGAUGGUCCCUGGUAUUCCAAGAUAGGAAAAACUGGGGAGUGGAAUGUCAGGUUACAGAGACAGAAGGCUAAACAGGAGAAACAAUUCAGACCAGAAACAGUCACUCACAGAAGAGCUUUGAAUAAGGUGAGUGUCCCCGAAUGCAAUACAUUUGGAAGAAGUUUUAGUCUGGGCUCAAUCUUUGUUUUACAGCCAAAAGUUCCCACAGGAAAAAGCCUCCAUAAAUAUGAUACAUCGGGAAGGAACAUAAAACCCUUUUCAGACCUGAUUAAACGUAAUAGAAUCUCCUUAGGGAGUAAGCUUUAUAAGUAUAAUAAAUGCAGGAAGCCCUUCAGUUACCACUCAGACCUCAUUCAGUUUCGUAGACUCCAUCCUGGAGAAAAGUUGUAUGAAUGUAAUGAAUGUGGCAAAACCUUCAGCAGAAGGUCAUAUCUUACUCAGCACCAGAGCAUUCAUACUGGAGAGAAGCCCCACAAAUGUAACGCGUGUGGGAAAGCCUUCAGUCGGUGGGGAAGCCUUACAGAACACCAGAGAAUUCAUACCGGAGAGAAGCCCUAUCAAUGUAAUGAGUGUGGAAAAGCCUUCAGCCAGAGGGGGCACUUGAUUAAACAUCAGAGGAUUCACACGGGGGAGAAACCUUUUCAAUGUAAUGAAUGUGGCAAAGCCUUCACCCAGAGAGGACAUCUUAUUGACCAUCAGAGAACUCACACUGGAGAGAAGCCCUAUAGGUGUAAUGAAUGUGGGAAAGCCUUCAGUACAUGCCUUACUGAGCAUCAAAGGAUUCCUAUGGGGUCAAAGCCCUUUGAGUGUGAUGACUGUGGGAAAACAUUUAGUCAGAGGGGAAACCUUAAUAAACAUAGAAGAAUUCACACUGGAGAGAAACCCUUUGCAUGUAAUGAAUGUGGGAGAGCCUUCAGCCAGAGUGGCCACCUUACUGAACAUAAGCGAAUUCAUACUGGAGAAAAGCCCUAUCAGUGCAACGAAUGUGGAAAAGCCUUUCGGCAAAACUCAAAUCUUACUCUGCAUCAGAGAAUCCAUACUGGAGAGAAACCCUUUAAAUGUAAUGAAUGUGGGAAAACCUUUAGCCAUAGGACAUCUCUUAUUUAUCAUCAGAGAAUCCAUUCUGGAGAGAAGCCCUAUGAAUGUAAUGAAUGUGGGAAAGCUUUCAAUCAGAGAGGAAAACUUACUGAACAUCAAAGAAUUCAUACUGGAGAGAAACCUUUUGAAUGUAAGGAAUGUGGGAAAGCCUUCAGUCACAGGGGGAACUUCACUGAACACAAAAGAAUUCAUACUGGAGAGAAACCAUUUGUGUGUAAUGAAUGUGGAAAAGCAUUCAGUCAUUGGUCAUCCUCAAUUUAUCAUCAGAGAAUUCAUAACGGAGAGAAGCAACAUAAAAGCAACAAACUUGGAAAAGCCUUCAGCCAGAGGGGCCAUCCUCUUACACAGCAGAGAAUUCAGCCUGAGGAGAAACCCCUCACAUUGAAUGAGUGUGGGAAAGCUUCCAGUACCAGCUGA